AUGCAUGCAUCAAUCUUUUUUCUCCUACCAUUGGCUUUAUCAACUAUAAUUCCAGCAAACCUCGACUUGAAAGCAAGAACCGUAGGUUCAGGUACACAAGCUACAGAAGUGAAGCGAGAUAUACAAAGCACCCAAACGAAGGAAACACGUACUGUGAAUAAACGUGAUCUUAAAUCGACUGUAUUGGGUGGUGCCAAGAAGAAUGUUGCAAGAGACUCAAUAAGUGCUAAUGAUUUCGUAUAA